CUGGGCUAAACCUGUGAACCUGUAUGGAGAUAUUGACGAGCAUCCUCUGCUGAGGGCCUCAUUUCAUUCAUUAAUUUCCCAGCUGACUCCGGUGACAUCUACUGCUCUAUAAUCACCAGAGGUGUCGUCCAAGCAGGAAUGGAGGAGUCAACAUCACAUCCAAAGGUGCUUGACUUAAAUCAGCAUUCCCGGUUCAUUAUUGGUUCAGUGUCAGAGGACAACUCAGAGGAUGAAUUUAGUUCAAUGGUUAAAGUGGACAUUUUAGAAGACAAGGACAGAUCUUCAUCUCCUGCUUCUGUAUCUUCAGAUACUCUCUCUGACAUUGGGCUCUCCAGCUAUCAAGAUGGUCUUGCACUACAAAUGAGGCCUAGCAUGUCCGGUUUGCACUUAGUCAAGCAAGGACGAGAUCGGAAGAAAAUCGACUUGCAGAGGGAUUUCACAGUUGCAUCCCCAGCUGAAUUUGUCACUCGUUUUGGCGGAAAUAAAGUUAUUGAAAAGGUGCUAAUUGCUAAUAAUGGCAUUGCAGCAGUGAAGUGUAUGCGUUCAAUCAGGCGGUGGUCUUAUGAGAUGUUCCGAAAUGAGAGAGCCAUCCGCUUUGUUGUUAUGGUGACACCUGAGGAUUUAAAAGCAAAUGCAGAAUACAUCAAGAUGGCGGAUCAUUAUGUGCCUGUACCUGGAGGACCAAACAACAAUAAUUAUGCCAAUGUGGAACUCAUCCUUGACAUCGCAAAAAGAAUUCCAGUGCAGGCGGUAUGGGCUGGUUGGGGCCAUGCUUCUGAGAAUCCAAAGCUACCUGAACUACUUCACAAAAAUGGGAUUGCAUUCAUGGGUCCACCUAGUCAAGCAAUGUGGGCUUUAGGAGAUAAAAUUGCAUCCUCCAUUGUAGCUCAAACAGCUGGGAUACCGACUCUUCCCUGGAGUGGAAGUGGAUUAAAAGUGGACUGGAAUGAGAGUGAUAUGAAGAAACGUAUCCUAAAUGUUCCUCAAGACCUUUAUCAGAAGGGAUAUGUGAAAGAUGUGGAUGAUGGCUUAAAGGCUGCAGAGGUUGUUGGUUACCCUGUCAUGAUCAAAGCUUCUGAGGGAGGAGGAGGAAAAGGAAUUCGCAAAGUGAACAAUGCAGAAGAUUUUCCCAACCUAUUCCGUCAGGUACAGACCGAAGUUCCUGGGUCCCCCAUCUUUGUAAUGAGACUGGCUAAGCAAUCCAGACACUUGGAAGUGCAGAUUCUAGCUGAUCAGUAUGGCAACGCCAUCUCCCUUUUUGGACGUGACUGUUCUGUUCAGCGACGUCACCAGAAAAUUAUCGAAGAAGCCCCUGCAUCUAUUGCUACAGCCUCAGUGUUUGAACAAAUGGAGCAGUGUGCUGUAAAACUGGCAAAGAUGGUUGGAUACGUGAGUGCUGGUACAGUGGAGUAUCUUUACAGUCAGGAUGGCAGUUUUUACUUCUUAGAAUUAAAUCCCAGGCUUCAGGUAGAACAUCCCUGCACAGAGAUGGUCGCUGACAUAAAUCUCCCCUCAGCACAGCUCCAGAUCGCAAUGGGUAUUCCGCUACACCGAAUUAAAGAUAUUCGUAUGCUUUAUGGGGUUCCAGCAUGGGGAGAUACACCCAUUGACUUUGACAACUCUUAUAAUGCCCCCUGCCCCAGAGGGCACGUUAUUGCCGCUCGCAUUACAAGUGAAAAUCCGGAUGAGGGAUUUAAGCCUAGCUCAGGAACUGUACAAGAACUUAAUUUCCGCAGCAACAAAAAUGUCUGGGGUUACUUCAGUGUUGCUGCUGCAGGAGGGCUGCAUGAAUUUGCCGACUCUCAAUUUGGACACUGUUUCUCCUGGGGAGAAAACCGAGAGGAAGCCAUUUCCAACAUGGUUGUAGCACUUAAGGAAUUAUCCAUUCGAGGGGAUUUUCGGACAACAGUGGAGUAUUUGAUAAAACUACUGGAAACAGAGAGUUUUCAGCAUAAUCGCAUUGACACAGGCUGGCUGGACAGGUUGAUUUCUGAAAAAGUUCAGGCUGAACGUCCAGACACCAUGCUUGGCGUAGUAUGUGGAGCACUGCAUGUGGCAGAUGUUAGCCUACGAAACAGCGUCUCUAAUUUCUUACAUUCAUUGGAGAGGGGACAGGUAUUGCCGGCACACACUCUGCUUAAUACUGUGGAUGUCGAACUUAUAUAUGAGGGAAAGAAAUAUGUGCUGAAGGUUACCCGUCAAUCUCCAAAUUCCUAUGUGGUCAUAAUGAACAGCUCCUGUGUUGAAGUAGAUGUACACAGGCUGAGUGACGGAGGUCUUCUUUUGUCCUACGAUGGAAGCAGCUACACCACUUAUAUUAAAGAGGAAGUUGACAGGUACCGUAUUACAAUUGGAAAUAAAACAUGUGUUUUUGAAAAAGAAAAUGAUCCCUCCAUUCUGCGCUCACCCUCGGCGGGCAAGCUAAUCCAGUAUGUGGUGGAGGAUGGUGGACAUGUAUUUGCAGGCCAGUGCUUUGCUGAGAUUGAGGUAAUGAAGAUGGUGAUGACAUUGACGGCAGUAGAAUCAGGAUGCAUACACUAUGUGAAGCGAGCGGGAGCAGUUCUGGAGCCCGGAUGUGUAAUAGCUAAAUUACAGCUUGAUGACCCCAGCCGUGUGCAACAGGCUGAGCUUCAUACAGGACCCCUGCCUCUGAUACACUCUACUGCCCUACGGGGCGAGAAGCUCCAUCGUGUUUUUCACUAUGUUUUAGAUAACUUGGUGAAUGUGAUGAAUGGAUACUGUCUUCCCGAGCCCUACUUCAGCAACAAGCUGAAAGACUUGGUGGAGAGGCUGAUGAAGACUCUUAGAGACCCUUCUCUUCCUCUGCUUGAGCUUCAGGACAUCAUGACCAGUGUGUCAGGGCGAAUUCCACCAAAUGUGGAAAAGUCAAUAAAGAAAGAAAUGGCACAAUAUGCAAGCAACAUUACUUCUGUAUUGUGCCAGUUUCCAAGCCAGCAGAUUGCAAAUAUAUUAGACAGUCAUGCUGCCACGCUAAAUCGCAAAUCUGAACGUGAGGUUUUCUUCAUGAACACGCAGAGCAUUGUACAGUUGGUUCAAAGGUACCGUAGUGGCAUCAGAGGCCACAUGAAAGCCGUGGUUAUGGAUUUGCUCCGUCAGUAUUUGAAAGUAGAGACGCAAUUCCAACAUGGUCAUUAUGACAAGUGUGUCUUUGCUCUCCGGGAAGAGAAUAAAAGUGACCUGACCACAGUUCUGAAUUACAUCUUCUCCCACGCUCAGGUCACAAAGAAGAACCUCUUAAUAACUAUGCUGAUUGAUCAGCUAUGUGGACGGGACCCAACAUUAACAGAUGAGCUACUGAAUAUCCUGACAGAACUUACCCAGCUGAGUAAAACAACAAACGCCAAAGUCGCACUGCGCGCCAGGCAGGUAUUAAUUGCUUCACAUUUGCCGUCGUAUGAGCUUCGGCAUAACCAAGUGGAAUCCAUCUUCUUGUCUGCCAUUGACAUGUAUGGACAUCAGUUCUGCAUUGAAAAUCUGCAGAAACUCAUCCUGUCUGAGACUUCCAUAUUUGAUGUACUGCCCAACUUUUUUUACCAUAGCAAUCAGGUGGUUAGGAUGGCUGCAUUGGAGGUUUAUGUAAGAAGGGCGUACAUUGCUUAUGAAUUAAACAGUGUUCAGCAUCGUCAACUAAAGGAUAACACGUGUGUGGUUGAGUUUCAGUUCAUGCUGCCAACCUCCCAUCCAAACAGAGGGAACAUCCCCACGCUUAACAGAAUGUCAUUCUCCUCUAAUCUUAAUCACUAUGGGAUGGUUCACGUGGCCAGUGUCAGCGAUGUACUCCUGGAUACAUCUUUUACGCCUCCAUGCCAAAGAAUGGGUGGUAUGGUAUCAUUCAGGACAUUUGAUGACUUUGUCAGCAUAUUUGAUGAUGUGAUGAGCUGCUUCUCAGACUCUCUUCCUCAAAUUCCUAUCUUUCCUGAAGCUGGCCAUCCUUCUUUGUAUGAUGAGGAUGACAAUAAGAAUGCCAGAGAUGAACCUAUUCAUAUUCUGAAUGUCGCUAUCAAAACAGACUGCGAUAUUGAUGAUGAAGGACUGGCUGCCAUGUUUCGGGAGUUCACUCAGAGAAAGAAAGUUGUUCUAAUGGAUCAUGGUAUACGUCGUCUGACAUUUUUGGUAGCCCAGAAGGAUUUCAGAAAGCAGGUCAACUGUGAGGUGGACCAAAGAUUUCAUAGGGAAUUCCCGAAAUUUUUCACAUUUCGGGCCAGAAAUAAGUUUGAGGAAGACAGAAUUUAUCGGCACUUGGAGCCGGCUCUUGCUUUUCAGCUAGAGCUUAAUCGAAUGCGCAAUUUUGAUUUGACAGCCAUCCCUUGUGCAAACCACAAAAUGCAUCUAUAUUUAGGGGCUGCAAAGGUAGAAGUGGGAACAGAAGUAACGGAUUACAGGUUCUUUGUGCGUGCUAUCAUCAGACACUCUGACCUGGUUACCAAGGAAGCUUCAUUUGAGUAUCUGCAAAAUGAAGGAGAGCGACUGCUCCUGGAAGCUAUGGAUGAACUGGAGGUAGCCUUUAAUAACACCAAUGUGCGAACUGACUGCAACCACAUAUUUUUGAAUUUUGUGCCAACCGUUAUAAUGGAUCCAUCAAAGAUUGAAGAGUCUGUUCGUAGCAUGGUGAUGCGCUAUGGAAGCCGACUGUGGAAACUACGCGUACUACAGGCUGAAUUAAAGAUAAACAUACGAUUAACACCAACGGGGAAACAGAUCCCUAUACGCCUUUUUUUGACAAAUGAAUCUGGCUACUACCUAGACAUCAGCUUGUACAAAGAAGUGAACAAUUCUAGAACUGGACAGAUCAUGUUUCAGGCAUAUGGAGACAAACAAGGACCUCUUCAUGGGAUGCUCAUUAACACACCUUAUGUGACAAAAGAUCUUUUGCAAUCAAAGCGAUUCCAGGCCCAGUCCUUGGGAACAACCUAUGUGUAUGACAUUCCAGAAAUGUUUCGUCAGGCUCUAAUCAAACUAUGGGAGUCAAUGGAUGCACAUGCUUGCCUUCCAAAAAGUCCUUUACCAUCAGAGGUUCUCACAUAUACAGAGUUGGUUUUGGAUGACCAAGGUCAGCUGGUACAUAUGAACAGGCUUCCAGGAGGAAAUGAGAUCGGCAUGGUAGCUUGGAAGAUGACUCUUAAGAGCCCAGAAUAUCCAGAUGGCCGUGACAUCAUUGUAAUAGGAAAUGACAUCACUUACAGAAUUGGUUCAUUUGGUCCCCAAGAGGAUCUCUUGUAUUUACGAGCAUCAGAGCUCUCGCGAUCUCAGGGAAUCCCGCGUAUCUACGUGGCCGCGAAUAGUGGUGCAAGGAUAGGUUUGGCAGAAGAGAUACGCCAUAUGUUUCAUGUUGCCUGGGAAGACCCUGCUGAUCCCUAUAAGGGCUAUAAAUACUUAUAUCUGACACCUCAAGAUUACAAAAAGGUCAGCGCACUGAACUCUGUGCAUUGUGAGCAUGUGGAAGAUGAAGGCGAAUCCAGAUACAAGAUAACUGACAUAAUUGGCAAGGAAGAAGGACUUGGUGUGGAGAACCUCAGAGGAUCUGGGAUGAUUGCAGGAGAGUCAUCAUUAGCGUAUGAAGAAGUCAUUACCAUAAGUCUGGUUACUUGCCGAGCCAUUGGGAUUGGAGCCUACUUAGUUCGCUUGAGUCAAAGAACAAUCCAAGUUGAAAAUUCCCAUAUUAUCCUGACUGGGGCUGGUGCUCUCAACAAAGUACUUGGCCGUGAGGUGUACACUUCCAAUAACCAACUGGGUGGCAUUCAGAUAAUGCACAAUAACGGAGUAACACACAGCACUGUGUAUGAUGAUUUUGACGGGGUGUACACCAUCUUGCAAUGGCUGUCCUAUAUGCCAAAGUGUGUGUCCAGUCCAGUUCCAAUUCUUACUCCAAGGGAUUGUAUCGACAGACAAAUUGAAUUUGUUCCCACAAAGGCACCCUAUGACCCUCGGUGGAUGUUGGCAGGACGACCUCAUCCAACUCUGAAAGGACAAUGGUUGAGUGGGUUCUUUGACAAUGGAUCAUUUAUGGAAAUAAUGCAGCCCUGGGCACAAACAGUGGUGGUUGGAAGAGCUAGGUUAGGAGGGAUACCUGUAGGAGUCGUUGCCGUGGAAACAAGGACUGUAGAGUUGAGUAUACCUGCUGAUCCUGCAAAUCUGGACUCCGAAGCUAAGAUAAUCCAACAGGCAGGGCAGGUGUGGUUUCCAGACUCUGCCUUUAAGACUGCACAAGCAAUCAAAGACUUCAACAGAGAAGGCCUUCCACUAAUGGUGUUUGCAAACUGGAGAGGAUUUUCAGGUGGCAUGAAAGAUAUGUACGAUCAAGUACUGAAGUUUGGUGCCUACAUUGUAGAUGGCCUACGAGAAUAUCACCAACCUGUCCUCGUGUACAUACCACCGCAAGCUGAACUGAGAGGGGGAUCUUGGGUAGUAAUUGAUCCAACUAUCAAUCCAAGGCACAUGGAGAUGUAUGCUGACAAGGACAGCAGAGGUGGAGUGUUAGAGCCAGAAGGAACUGUAGAAAUAAAGUUCAGACGAAAGGAUCUGGUGAAAACCAUGAGACGGGUUGAUCCAGUCUACAUUCAUCUGGCUGAGAGAUUGGGAACACCAGAGCUGAGUGCCACUGACUGUAAGGAACUUGAGACAAAGUUGAAAGAAAGAGAAGAGUUUCUGAUUCCCAUCUACCAUCAAGUGGCUGUGCAGUUUGCAGAUUUGCAUGACACACCAGGCCGAAUGCAGGAGAAAGGAGUUAUCACUGAUAUUUUAGAAUGGAAAACAUCAAGGACGUUUUUCUACUGGAGGCUAAGGAGGCUGUUAUUGGAAGAUGUAGUGAAACAGAAGAUUCACAGCGCAAACCCUGAGCUUACAGAUGGCCAGAUCCAAGCUAUGCUUAGACGCUGGUUCGUAGAAGUGGAAGGAACGGUCAAGGCAUACUUGUGGGAUAAUAAUAAAGAUGUCGUUGAAUGGCUGGAGAAGCAGAUGACUGAAGAGGAAGGUUCGCGGUCUGUGGUAGAUGAAAACAUCAAGUACAUCUCCAGAGACUAUAUUCUGAAACAAAUCCGCAGCUUGGUGCAAGAGAACCCGGAAGUUGCAAUGGAUUCUAUCGUACACAUGACGCAACAUAUCUCUCCAACCCAGAGAGCUGAAAUAGUGCGCAUUCUGUCUACCAUGGAUUCGCCGACUUCAACGUAGAAUUCCUCUUGCUUUUAAAGAUUUCAAAUCUGCCAUUAUUUCAUAGCAUCUACACUACCGCAAAGGAUACAAAAGUAUUCAGAUCAAGGGUUAAAGGGUGUCAGUAUUUAAAGAACUUAUACAUAGAUAUAAAUAUGCUGACUUAACUUAUAAAAUUGUAAUGUACUAUUUAUGCAGCAUAUCAUUGACACGUUUUAUCAAAAUGGUGCAGUAAGAAAGCAUUUUCAAAAUCCUAUUGCAAAUCUGUUGUGUCCUAGACUUUUUUUUAUAGUUUGCCAUGUUUACUGGUUUGAAUUUUUUGUUACGGUACUCUUUUGAUCUCACGUCAUGUCUUGCUUGAAAAUGGUUCAGCAGUAUUAUUGGGAUGUUUCACUGUAAAAG